AUGACCCAUAGUAGCGAAUUCGUGGACGUCUCUGGUUGGCUGGAGGCCUUCAGUGCUCAUCCCAGGAUUGGUGACGCGGCAUCGCUCAAGAGAAAGUUCGCCACACAGCAAUGGUCCCAAGGGGAGCAAGCAGCAGCGCUGCAAUCAUCUGACGACACAUUCUUCCAGGAAAUGGCGGAGGGCAAUCGCCGCUACGAGCAGCGCUUUGGCCACAUCUUUAUCAUUUGCGCUCAGGGCAAGCCCGCACCGGAAAUUCUUGCCGCGCUUAAGGAGCGCCUGGCGAAUCAACCAAUCUACGAGGUGCAGCUGGCAGCGAAGGAGCAAGAGAAGAUCACCCAGCUGAGGCUGGAGAAGCUGCUGCUGCAUGCUCCCACAGAUGGUGCCGGUGCCGCAGACCAGCUGAGGCUGGAGAAGCUGCUGCUGUAUGCCCCUGCGGAUGGUGUUGGCGCCACAGCGAGCAGCAAACUUAUUCAGGCUUAA